GGAUGUUUUCGUUGAUUAUUUGAGCCUGUUGUCAAAGCGUUUCAGAGACAGAGAUUAAUGUUGUGACAGUUUUCACGUGGUGUUUAGAAAGAAAGCAGCAACUGUGCAUUACAUGACGAGUAAGUUACAAACUUAAUCGCACAGAUUGAUUACCUAUCAUAUCAGUAACCUAAACAUACAAAAUGAGCUAAUUAUCUGUUUAUCUAAUAAUUAAAAUAAAUCAAGAUUGCGAGCCUACUGAUGCAGUGGUUCCGGAUCAUGUGGUACAUUUCAAAACAUUUCUUUAUCUUUCGUUUGUUUGUUUGUUUGUUUUUAAAUCGUCAUUGUUUUGAAGGAACAAAAAUAUAUUGAAAAUUAAGUUUCGAUCUAUGAUGUAUUUUCUGCCAUCCCCUUUUUGUUUUUGUUGUUAAAAGUGUGUUAAAUUGUCAGAUUUUAAACAAAGUAUUACUUAAUAUUGUCUAUUUUCUAAUUGAAUUAACAUCAAUGUAAAAUUAAAGUGUCACAUAUUUUAUCUAUAAUUAAGACCUUGAAUUGAUUUUUUUAGCUAAAGCAUGGGAAAAGCGAGGAAGAAAACUGUUAGUCCCAAGGGAAAGACAAAACUGAGCCCUGCCUUGAAAGUAUUGAAAAAAUACAGAUAUCCUAGCUCUCCAGGGCAACCUGGUCGGGUCAGGAGGGCAUUGUAUGAUAUUCAACAAAAUAAGGUAUCUAUAAGAAGUGCAGGCAAUAAAUAUAAUUUAAGUUAUGGAUACCUACACAGGAGAGUUUCAGGUGAGGUAGCAGCAGAUGCCAGAAAUGGUCCUACCUCAAUUUUCAGCAAAGAAGAAGAAACCUCUAUGGCAAAGUGGUUAUCAGAGAUGGCUCUAAGAGGCAUGGGACUAAAACCUGGUGAAUUUCUAGAUUUUGUACAAAAUAUUGUGAAACAAGAAAAGAGAAUGACACCUUUCAAAGAUGAUCGUCCCAGUCAUGAUUGGUAUUAUGCAUUUAUGGCAAGAAACUCUCAAUUACUACAAAUAAGGAAGGAAACCCCUAUUGAGACAAGUAGGGCAAGAGAAAACUGAAAAAUGGUAUGGUAGGUUCAAGGAUUUUAUUGUCUCAAAAAACCUAUUAAACAAGCCACAUUGCAUUUGGAAUGCUGAUGAAACAGGUUUUAGUGUGGGAAGUGUGGCCAGUAAGGUUAUUGGUCCACCAUCCAGAGAUCAGUCACAAGUACCACACUUGGUGGGGGGUCAUAGGAAGCAACGUUUUACCGUUAGGUUUUGUGGAAGUGCCGAUGGUAACAUCAUGCCACCAUUUUUUAUUUACCCUCAACCAAAACCAAAGGGUUAUAAUCCCCUGAAUAUUGAUGGUAGUUAAAUAGCUUAUACAAAAAAGGGAUGGAUGGACAAUGCCAUGUUCAGCCAAUUUAUUCAGCAUUUUGAUAAGAAUGCUGGUGAAGAGGGGCCUGUUGUGUUGUUAAUGGAUAGCGUCAGUAGUCAUGUUGACAUGUCUUCCUUUCAGUAUGCAAAGGAGAGGGGAAUAGAAUUGUAUCGUUUGUUACCAAAUACCACACAUAUUAUGCAGCCCCUUGAUGUUGGAGUGUUUGGAGCAUCAAAAGCCAGGUGGCCUCAAGUUUUAAGAGAACACACUAGAGAGAAUCCAGGAACACCGAUUCAGAAGCACAACUUUACAGAGAAGUGGAAGGAAGCAUUUCUUUUGUUUUAUAAACCCCUCACAGUCAUUAACAGUUUCAAAUCAUCAGGAAUCUAUCCUAUUGAUGCUAGUGCAGUUGCCUCAUCCAAAUUCAAAACUGGGCACACCUUUAAUGAACCAGAUCACCAAGAAAACUCAGAAAAACCAAGUGAAGAAAAAAAUAGUGAAGCUAGGAAAGCAGAAUUUGCACUGGAGGCAAUAGAAAGUGAACUCUCUACUCUAACAAAAGACAAAUAUCAGAAAUGAAUAGAAGAGGGUGAUGAUGUUGAAGGUACUUCUCCAUGCUUUGGCAUUUACAAGAAAUUGUAUGACAAGUCCAAUAGAAUUUCAAAAACAAGCAGUGAGGAGAAUAUCAGAAAGACAGGUUUAGACAUGUUGGCCGAAGCUGCCUGUAAACAAAUACCAACUGAGGAACAGCAGUGCAGUGAUGAAUCAUUUCAGUGUGAUGAAGCAAGUAACAUAUCAUCUGUGUUGGAAGAUUCACUUGUGUUUCCACAGGUGAAACCACAAGUUAACAAGAGGUACUGUGAGCAAUGCUCACUAAGAAUACCCCCCGCUUAUCCCAAUCUCCCAAAGGGUGUUGGUAAUAGGUAUAAACUACCUCUUUUCUGAGUGUAAAAAACAAAUGGCAUGACAAACCGAACCAUAUUGCUACUUCGAUGUCCAGUGCGUGUGACCUUUGACCUUUUGACCCCAAAAUCGAUAGGGAACAUCUUCAUCCCAUGGGUAGUCCAUAUGUAUGAUAUGGUGACGGUAGGUGGAAAGGAUAAUGCUUUAGAGCCCGGAAACCAUAUUGCUACUUCGAUGUCCAGUGCACUUGACCUUUGACCUUUUGACCCCAAAAUUAAUAGGGAACAUCUUCAUCCCAUGGGUAGUCCAUAUGUAUGAUAUGGUGACUGUAGGUGGAAAGGAUAACGCUUUAGAGCCCGGAAACCAUAUUGCUACUUCGAUGUCCAGUGCGUUUGACCUUUGACCUUUUGACCCCAAAAUCGAUAGGGAACAUCUUCAUCCCAUGGGUAGUCCAUAUGUAUGAUAUGGUGACAGUAGGUGGAAAGGAUAAUGCUUUAGAGUCCGGAAACCAUUGCGUCUACAGACGGACGGACGGACGGACGGACAACCCGAUUCCAGUAUACCCCCCCCCCCCACAACUUGUUGCGGGGGGUAUAAAAAGAGGAAAAGCCUUCUUGAUACUUUACCAGACAAUGUAACAUCACCAGAAUGCUUGCAUGCUAUGUAUUUGAAAGACCUUGAGAAAGUUAAAUUGUUUGCUGAGAGGGAAAGGAAAGCAAGGAAGAAAUACAUGUCUGAAAGUGCUGGGGAAAGAAUACAUGUCUGAAAGUGCUGGGGAAAGUAAGAGUAAAAUAGAUUCAAAAGUAACAAGAAAUAAUAGAGACAGGAGAAAGAAGCCUUCAAAACAAA